UUUUUUUACAAAUUUUUUUAUUUCUCCAAGUCUAUUAGAAAAUUUUUUUUGAAUAAAUUUGGGUCUCACUUCAUUAAUAAAAUUAAUAUGAAAUUUCCUCGUUCCCUCCCUCAUUUUUCCCUCCCACCUUUAUUAUGUUAAAGACGUUAAUUUUGUUUGCCUGUCAUUAAACUAUGUCUUAGUUCAGUUUAUUUUUGUGUAAUUAAAAAAUGAAAAAAAAUUCUUUAAAAAAAUUUUUUUUAUUAAUUAUUUGAGCCAUUAAAAUAUGGUUUUAUAUUUUUAUUAUUUUUUCUAGAGUUGGGGGUUUUCGAGCCGGGCCAACGUUCGAGUCAUUUUUUUUGGUUUUUUUUUGGUUAUAGUGAAGAUGGGUGGAGGUGAAUAAUAGGAGAAAGGGCGAGGGAAUUUUUUCGAAUUUUUUCGGGCUUUAUUUUAGUGGACUUGCCUGACCGGGUCUUUUUUGGGCCAAAAUUCAAUGUCCGACUCGAUCUUUCGAACCUAGACGGAUCGGGCCCCCAACCCUAAUUUUUUCGAUUUUUCAGGAAAUUUUUUUUAAUUAAUUUUAAAAAUUUUCCAAGCAAAAAUGAUACUUUUCAAGUCUUCAAAUUUGAUUAAAAACAAUUUGUUAAAAACUGUUUUGGUUUCAAAUGCUUCAAUAACAACACAACAACAAACUCAACAAACACGUCCAAAUGUUGUUUUAAUUGAUGCUGUUCGAACACCUUUUGUUGUAUCCAAUACAGUUUUUAGAGAACUUUUGGCUGUGGAUUUGCAGCGACAUGCUUUGAGAGCUUUGGUUGACCGAACAAAUGUACCAUUCGAAGAUAUUGGACAUAUAAUUUGUGGACAAGUAGUUCAAGAAUGUAGAACUAGCAAUAUAGCACGGGAAGCAGCAAUUACUGCUGGGUUUCCUGAUUCUAUUCCUUGCAACACAGUUACUCUAGCCUGUAUUUCCUCUGCUAUUUCAACUCAAAAUAUUGCCUCAAUGAUAACUAAUGGAUAUUUAAAGGCAGGGAUUGCUGGGGGAGUUGAGUUACUUUCUGACUUUCCUGUUAGAUAUAAUCGAAAGGUUCGCUCGUCUUUCAAUGAUUGAUUUUCAAAAAGCUAAAAAACUCGAUGCAAAACUUAAAUAUGGAUUUAAAAUGUUGGCUAAUUGGUUUACCCCAGAAUUACCCGCAGUUUCCGAAUUUACAACUGGCGAAGUUAUGGGCAAUUCUGGUGAUCGUUUGGCGGCAGCUUUUUGUGUUUCGCGAAAGUAUUUU